AGGGAGUGAGGGGUGCUGGCUGUCCACUCUGGGGGUUCAAGGCUAACUGCUCUUUCGCUGUCCCCGCUGCCACCGUCUACACUCCAUGUUCUACAGAGACAGAGAAGAUGGCGGGCCGGAACAGCACCAUCGCCGGUGUAUACGGGGCCCUUUCCAUCAGGUAUUGCAUUUACUUCGACCGCAAGAGACAGAGUGACCCCACCUUCAAGAACAGGCUUCGAGAACGAAGAAAGAAACAGAAGCUUGCCAAGAAGAGAGCUGGACUUUCCAAGUUACCAGAUCUUAAAGAUGCCAAAGCUGUUCAGAAAUUCUUCCUUGAAGAAAUACAGCCUGGUGAAGACUUACUAGCUCAAGGUGAAUAUGAGAAGGGUGUGGACCAUCUUACAAAUGCAAUUGCUGUGUGUGGACAGCCACAGCAGUUACUACAAGUGUUACAGCAAACUCUUCCACCACCAGUGUUCCAGAUGCUUCUGACUAAGCUCCCAACAAUUAGUCCGAGAAUUGUAAGCGCUCAGAGCUUGGCUGAAGAUGAUGUGGAAUGAGAAACAAAUAUCAACGUAAAAAAAUCUCAGUUAAAAAU